CCUAUUAUGGACCCCCUGGACAGAGCUCAAUUACUCCUCUACUGUGAUCUGUGUCAAACAACUGCAUUACAGAGUCAUUGUGAACUUUGUCAGAUUAACCUGUGUAAGGCCUGUGUAGCGGAGCAUCUCUCUGAUUCAUCCCAAAGACACAACGUUGUACCAUACAAAGACAGAACUUCUACUCCUAACUACCCAAAAUGUCAAAAUCACACCCAGAAACACUGUGAACUUUACUGUGAGAAAUGUGACAUUCCUGUCUGUUCUACCUGUAUCUCCUCUGGGAAACACAAAGGACAUGACAAAUCAGAUAUUCUGGUGAAAGUAAGUUUUAAAACAAAAAAUUUAGAAAAAGACUUGAUAGAACUGGAGAAAAGAAUUUAUCCUGCAUAUGAAGAAAUAGCAUUAGACUUAAAUUUUGAAAUUGUAAACUUAGAAAAACAUUACGAGAAACUGAAAACAGCUGUCACCAAACAAGGAGAAGACUGGCACUUAGAAAUUGAUAUCAUUGUGAAUAAACUAAAAUCUGAAAUUGAUGAAAUGAAAAAUAAACAAUUGGCUGCUCUAAAAGAACAGGAAAAUGAAAUCAAGCAAAAAACUCUCGAACAAAAACAGAGUGUAUUUGAUCUGAAGAAAAUACUGGACUCCAAUGAUGUCUCUCUGAUAUCUAUGUACAAAUCCAGGAAUGCUGAAUUCAGACGUUUACCUCCUAAAGUUGAUAUAGCAUUACCAAGUUUUUCUUUUCAUCAGAUCGACACAGAACAGCUCUAUCAAAUGUUUGGUUCUCUGUCAGCAUUAUCCAUGACAACAGAAGAACAUGGCUACACAAUGAAUACAUCAGAGGCUGUAUCCUGUCCUCCAGUCAAACCACUGCUUGAUAAACCAGAAGUUGUCACAACCAUAGACACCGGGUACAAUCUAUACAGUGUUACCUGUCUCAGGGAUGAAGAAAUCUGGACAAGCGGUUAUGACAAAGUCAUAAAACUCUACAACCUCCAAGGUAAACUACUCAAGUCAAUUCAAACCAAAUCAGGAAACUGGCCACAGGACAUAGCAGUGACAAGGAGUGGAGAUAUAGUUUAUACUGACCUUAAAACAAGAACUGUCAACCUAGUGAAGAAUGAACAGAUACAGGAAGUGAUCAGACUACAGGGGUGGACACCUUGUCAUGUCUGUAGUACCUCCUCUGGUGACCUCCUGGUUACUAUGGUCAGUGAUGAUGAAGAACAAUCUAAAGUUGUCCGUUUCUCUGGAUCCACACAAAAACAAACCAUUCAGUUUGAUAAUGAAGGUAAACCUCUGUAUUCAUUUGGAAUCUCUUGUUACAUUAAAUACAUCAGUGAGAACAGGAACCUGGAUAUCUGUGUGUCUGACUGUGGAGCUAGAGCAGUAGUGGUGGUCAAUCAGGCCGGAAAACUCCGAUUUAGAUACACUGGUCAUCCCUCUACUACCCCGGGAUCAUUUAAACCACUGGGCAUCACUACAGACAGUCAGAGUCAGAUCCUGACAGCUGACACAUAUAACCACUGUGUCCACAUCCUAGAUCAGGACGGACAGUUCCUCCGUUAUAUUGAUAACUGUUAUCUAUUUGGUUUAUACGGUUUAUGUGUAGACACCAGUAACAAUCUCUUAGUGGCUGAGACAGACAGUGGUAAAGUGAAGAAAAUCAGAUACCUGUAG